CAUUAAGUAAAAUGUUGCUUAUACGCAGUGUGGUACUUUGGAAGCUGCGUUGAUUAGAAAGUGAUCUAUUAAACUCAAUGUAAAUUUUAUUUGUUAUUCACUUACAAGCAUUACUAUAUGGAUCUUAAAUUUUAUUAGAGAGUAAAUAGAAUUAAUUGCUAUGACUAUGCUUUAUAAAGUUGUAAUUACUCUUUACCAUACAAGGAUACUUUGAUGUACCAACCUUCAUGUGUAUACAUAUUAAGUGUAGUUUUGUAAUUUUUUAUUCACCAACAAUUUCUUGUCAAGCCUGCGCAAUCACAUGUUACCAAUACUUUUGCAAUAACUGACCCUAAUUUCAAAUAACUUAACUUUGCAAACCAAAUAACUUGAAAUGCCGCGACAUGGAGCGCUUUUAUGAGUAUGUGGUGCUAUGGGCAAGUACUGUAUGAUCAGGCAGUAACGACAUAAAAUUAAUAUUAAUUUAAAACAAUGUAACUUUAUAAAAUACAUUUUUUCAUAAUUUUUGUUAUUUAGUAACUAGAGUAGGUUUGUAUGUUUGUAUGUACAUAUGUAUGUAUAUAUCAGACGUUAAUUUCUUUCUUUUUCAACGCGUACGCAUGUGAAUGCACACACACACGCGUACAUAAGUAUCUCCAAAGCUACGCAAAUUCAGCAUGUGCUCGUUUGUAAUUUUCGCUUUCUAUGUAGUUUAUGGACAAAGUCUGCAUACUUUUUCAAACUUUAGAUUUCAAACGUACUCGCCCUUAUACUUGUGCCUAUUGCUAAACACCUAUUUGGUACAUGAAAAUUAUAAUAUCUACGUAUUUAUAUAAGAAAGGUAUAAUACACCUAUAACCUAAUGUACAUAUGUAUCCGUAUAUAUAUUUGGGCAUAUUUUGAUGUGAUCGAUAUUUUUACUUGGCGAAAAAUAUGGCAACGGAAACCGUCUUCCACACCUAACCCAAAAAGAAAAACACACUUUUUUACACCCAACCUUCGCCUGUUAAUGUUUGGUGAGUAAGUUAAGUUUCGAUUUCGUAACCAAAAUUGAUAAACAAAAUCAAGUUCCGCAUGGACUGCUAGUUAAUGUUAUCAAUGACAAUGACUCCAAAUACCCACAACUAAGCUACCAAGCAAACAAUUGCUACCACAACUUGGCUACCCACUAACCAAAAGUACUUGUAUAUGUGUGUAUACUUUUUCAACAACAGAAAAUUGGCACAAGCAUAGCGUUUGACAACAGCCAAUUGAAUUAUGUACGUUGAAAUAUGUAUGCAUGUAUGUAUGUAUUUAAGAGUAUUUAUAAUUGCAAUGUGGUUGUUGUUACUGUCUAACGCAUUGCAUUUCUUUCGAUUGACGCGCAUUUCUUCACUUGACGCUUCGAGUGUUUACGUCCGAUUUGUUGUUUUUGCCGUUGGCUGACAGUAACCGCGUAAGAGUGCCGCCCUUGCAUACUAAUUAGCCUGAGCAUCCGCACACGCACACUAACUCAUUUGAGUUGGCUAUAAAGUAUUGGUCAUCGUUGUCAUUUACGUCGUUCUUUGCUCGAAUCUUUCGCCAUGUAGUUGUUGGUACGAUAGUGGUAUUGGAGUGACGAUUUAUAGCCAAGUUUAAGUUUAGCCGCGCACAUGGAAAAAGUGUAUUUGGCAAUGGAAAUGAAUUGCACCGUUGAAGAAUUCACACCCUUCGAUCAUGCAUACACCGUUUUAUCCCUUCCCCCAUAAUUUCUUCCACCAACUGUUGCUUUGCGACUCAAAUGAAAGCUACAUUUCAUGAGCAUGCAGCAAAAGUUCCGAAAUCGAAGCCAAAUACAUUUCAAUGUGUCGGUUUUUUUGGGCAAACCUAGUAAGAGUGGCGCUAUUGCCACACCAAUCGUGCUUUUAAUGUUGUCCAAAAACGUUCACGCGUACCUGAAAUGUCCAAUGAAGCGCGUCUUAUAUGCAAUUUAGUAGAGGCUUACCCUCCCAUCUCCCACACCGUGGCCGCCGCUGCUUUUAUGUUUACCUGGCGUCUUCAACCGAUAGUCAACGAGCAUACUCUCUGACCGUUUGCCGCCUGCUUGAGGCUUCUGGGGAGCGGCAGUAUAAAACCAUGAGUAUACGACCAAGUGGAUAUCAUUGUCUCAUUAUCGAUUCUGUAGUGAACACACAGCAAUCUAGAGCUAGUCAUCGCAUAACGGUCACUGAAACGCGUCGUUCACUAUCUCAAUUUCUUUAAUUUCUUUCCCCUCAAAACUUAUUUGAGUUUGCAUCGAAAUGGCAUUCCGUUUUACGUCCUUAAUCGCAUUCGCUUGUUUAUUGCUCGUAGUCGCUUCGUCAAUCAAUGCUGCUGCCAUUGAUAAUUUUGUGGCAGAGCCCCGCAUACGCAACACGGAUGAGCUGCUCACCACAAUUGUAGAUAAGUGCUUUAAUGCCAACGGAUUGUAUUGUUUGAAAGAGAAAGUUUUAACCUAUUUGGAUGGUGUAGCCGGAGUUGAGGAGGAUAUUAGUGGACGCGCAUUCAAUGAGGAUGUCAUCGAUAAAGUGAUCGUCGAUCGUGUUAGCCGAAUCUUAAACAACAAUGAAUUCCGCCUGCGCUUGCCAGAAACCGGAUUCGGCAGCUCGGUCGUCAGCUAUAGUGCUGCUCGUGGUUUUGAUGUAGAAGUUCCCGAGACUAGAGCUCGUGGUGAGAAAAAGAAGGACAAAUUGCUCCUCCCUCUGUUGCUGCUCAUGAAGUUUAAAUUGAAGGUCGUCAUGCCAAUCCUUCUGGGCCUGAUUGGACUCAAAGCAUUCAAGGCUUUGAUUUUGUCGAAAAUCGCUAUUAAACUGGUACUUGGCUUCCUUAUCUACAACUUGAUUACCAAAUUGUCCGGCGCAAAAAUGAUGAUGAUGCCCGCACCCAUGCCAGCGGCCGAAUACGGUCCACCCAGCACCACCGCGUCCUCAUACGAUCCAAGCAGCUGGGAACCAGCCAGUGGUGGCCCAUAUGCCCGCUGGGACUCACAGAGUCUCGCAUACAACUCAUACCACCCCAGCUCCAGCUCAUACAACUCCGGCUCCAGCUCCACAGGUUCAUCGUCCAGCUACAGCUCCUCAUCGUAAAUAAGAGUAAACUACGGCACAUCUAGAAUUUUCACUCCAAAAAUCCUAACCGUUAUUCUGUGGACCUGAGUUCACACUAGAGGAGAGCUUUACAAAAGAGCACACAAAGUUGUACAUAUGUAUACAUAAAAAAAUCAAGCAAGACAAAAAUAAGACAUUAUACUAUCGAAAAAUCGGAAACUAGGAAAAGGAAAGGACUAAGACAUACGCUAAACUACCAUUUAAUCCAUUUAGUAUAUUUAUUAAAUGUAAUUUAUUUUUAUUAUUUUAAGGAUUUAGUCAUUCUACUAAAGCUUAUUGACUUUUACUACGCUUUCAUUUUUCCAACUUUCCCUUUAGUACUCUCUCUACACUUUUCUAAUCUUUGCACUUUAAAUUUUUUUCUAUGAAAUUUCCGCUGUUCUUUUCUUCUCUAGUGCUUUAAUUCUGCAUUUACUUGCAUCUUUUGUUAAAUAUUUACCUUCUUUCUUUUCCGCAAAUCCAAAUAACUAAGUUAAUAUUUAUUUUAAUUUAUAGAGAUGCAAACGAAAAAUAAAAUAUAAAAAAGAAAAUGAAUUUUUAAAAAUUUUGAGUUUUCUUUCACAACCAAGAAUUUCA